AUGCUAACUCAAUCGGAAGAUUCUAAUUUAAAAGACACGCACUUUCGCGAUAUGUUUGAACUUUUUGAUCGGGAUGGGAAUGGAUCUAUUUCCACAACCGAACUAGGCAAUCUGAUGCGAGCGUUGGGUUUAAAUCCAACAAUGGCUGAACUAGAACAUAUGGUUUACGAGGUUGAUCUGGAUGGAAAUGGUCGAAUCGAAUGGGAAGAAUUUGUGGCCCUCAUGAAAAGGCAAUCAUCACGGCAACCAGAUGAGAGCGAGCUUUAUGCGGCGUUUAAAGUGUUUGAUAAAAACGGUGAUGGAUUUCUGUCGGUGGAAGAACUUUCGGAUGUGAUGCAAAAUUUUGGCGAACGUUUAACACCGAAGGAGCUUCAAGAUCUCUUGGAAGAGGCUGAUAUAGAUGGCGAUGGACGAAUAAACUACGAAGAAUUUGCCUAUAUGUUACUCAAGUAA